GUGACCAUAUCAUACCUUUUUUCUUUCUGUAAAAUUCUAAUGUAAUGUAAUAUCCCAACAAUAUUUAUGAUUAAUUAAAGAACUCUUGCCAAAGGUCAAGAGCCAUUCAAUCCAAUCUAAUCCAAUCACUCCUUUUAUUUACUAUAUAUCCAACGCCAGCAACAGCUCAGAUCCUUGGUGUCUUACUGACUCAAAUUCACACAAGUGACACAAAAAGAUAAAAUAAAAUUGAGAGCACAAAAUAAUAAUAAUCAAGAAACAGCACAAAGAAAUUGUUAUCCAUCAAAAUGGAUUACUGGUCACAUUCUUUCAGUGUUGAUGAUGAAUUCAAGAAACUUGUCCUUCGAAUGAAUCCCCCAAGGGUUACUGUUGAUAAUACAUCUAACAAGAAAGCAACAUUGAUUAAGAAUCUGGCCUAUAAAAUGGUUGGAACUUUGCAGGUUGAUAGUGCAAAUAAAAGAGGAAGCUUGUUACAAGUGGUUCAGGUUCUUAGUGAUUUCAACCUUAUAGUCAAAAGAGCUUAUAUAUCUUCUGAUGGGGAAUGGUUUAUGGAUGUAUUUCAUGUUACUGAUCAAUAUGGAAAAAAGCUCUCUGAAGAUAAUGUCGCUGAACGCAUUCAGCAGUCACUGGGACCGAGGGGCCGCAGCUUCCGGUCUUUGGAAAGAUCCGUGGGUGUUCAAUCUGCAGCAAAGCACACAACCAUUGAACUGACGGGGCGAGACAGACCAGGAUUGAUUUCUGAGAUCUUUGCUGUUCUCGCUGACCAUAAAUGUAAUGUUGUAGCAGCAGAAGUAUGGACUCAUAAUUCAAGAAUGGCAUCAGUUGUUUACAUAACCGAAGAAGAAAGCGGAUUGGCAAUAACUGAUCCUGAUAGGCUUGCUUUAAUCAGGAAACUGUUGUUUUUUGUUUUAAAAGGAGACAGAGAUAGGUGGGGUGCCAAUACAGCAGUUUCCGUAGGUUCUACUCAUACCGGAAGGAGGCUACAUCAACUGAUGUAUGCUGAUCGUGAUUAUGAUAAAGAUGACACAGGUUGUGUACCGGUUGACCAGAGGAAGCCCCUGGUAACUGUAGAAAGUUGUGCAGAUAAAGGGUAUACAGUUGUGACUUUGAGAUGUCCAGAUCGUCCUAAGCUGCUCUUCGAUGCAGUGUGCACGUUAACGGAUAUGCAGUAUGUAGUGUAUCAUGCUACCAUCGUUGCUGAAGGACCUGAUGCAUAUCAGGAAUAUUACAUUAGGCAUGUGGAUGGCUACCCUAUUAGUUCAGAUGCAGAGAAGCAACGUGUAAUACACUGCUUGGAGGCAGCUAUCAAGAGGAGAACGUCAACGGGAAUAAGACUGGAAUUAUGUGGAGAUGACAGAAUUGGACUUCUAUCUGAUGUAACUCGCAUUUUUAGGGAGCACGGUCUUUCUGUUUCCCGGGCUGAGGUCAUGACAAGGGGCUCACAAGCUGUUAACGUCUUUUACGUGACUGAUGUAUCAGGCGAUCCAGUUAAAACUGAAAUCAUCGAGGCUGUCCGCAAAGAAAUAGGUCUGACCAUUCUUCACGUCAAGGACGAUCUCUACUCUAAUUCACCACCACAGCGAACUGCUAAGUUCUCUUUAGGUAACUUAUUUAGAUCAAGAUCAGAGAAAUUUCUCUUCAACUUGGGAUUGUCAAGGUCAGGAUUGACAAGGUCAUAUUCAUAAGUAGUUCAUAGAUAGGCAGGGGCCUGUGCCAGUUUCUGUUAAUGGUUAGGAUAGAUGUUCUUAGCUAUGUUGCUCGAACUCCUUAAAAAUGUCAGCAGAUGCGUCUCCGAUUCUCCAAAAGCAUUGGAUUUUUGGAGAAUCCGACACGAGUGCGGCAUUGAAAGUGAAGAGUCUGCACAACUUAGGUUCUUAGUCAUAGGUCAAAACUUUUAUCUUCUAUUUCAAACUAGUAAAGUUUAUUGCAAUGCAAAACAAAUGUACAAAUAUGCUUUCACCUUCCUUUUCAGGUGGCAUAGUAGAUGCAUACAAUUUCUCCCUUUAACAGCUA